GGCGGGUGAACUCAGUGGCUGCGCCGCGCCCUCUGCUCCGCCGCGCGCCGCCGGGUCGUUAACAGCUAGGACAAGCGGCUCUGAGGCCGGCGGCGCGGCCCUGCAGUACUUCGCCCCAACCAGGAUCUGAAAGCAGCGGCGAUGUCGAUCUUCACCCCCACCAACCAGAUCCGCCUGACCAAUGUGGCGGUGGUACGGAUGAAACGCGGCGGGAAGCGCUUCGAAAUCGCCUGCUACAAGAACAAGGUUGUCGGCUGGCGGAGCGGCGUGGAAAAAGACCUUGACGAAGUUCUUCAGACCCACUCAGUGUUUGUAAAUGUUUCUAAAGGCCAGGUUGCAAAGAAGGAAGAUCUCAUCAGUGCAUUUGGAACAGAUGACCAGACUGAAAUCUGUAAGCAGAUUUUGACUAAAGGAGAGGUUCAAGUAUCUGAUAAAGAACGGCACACACAGCUGGAGCAGAUGUUUAGAGACAUUGCAACAAUUGUGGCCGAUAAAUGUGUGAACCCAGAAACAAAAAGACCAUACACUGUUAUCCUUAUCGAGAGAGCCAUGAAGGACAUCCACUAUUCAGUCAAAACCAACAGGAGUACCAAACAGCAGGCUUUAGAAGUGAUAAAGCAGUUAAAGGAGAACAUGAAAAUAGAACGUGCUCACAUGAGACUUCGGUUCAUUCUUCCAAUGAAUGAAGGGAAAAAAUUGAAAGAAAAGCUGAAGCCACUGAUCAAGGUUAUAGAAAGUGAAGACUACAACCAACAGUUAGAAAUUGUGUGUCUGAUUGACCCAGGCUGCUUCAGAGAAAUAGAUGAAUUAAUAAAAAAGGAGACAAAAGGCAAAGGUUCUUUGGAAGUGCUCAGUUUGAAAGAUGUGGAAGAAGGAGAUGAAAAACUUGAAUGACAUUGAUCAGUCUCAUCAGCUUUAAAACACUAAAGCAUUUUCAUUUCCACAAUCCUCUUUUUUUCCAUGGUCUGCCAAAUAUUUGCUCAAACUAACAUUUUCCGUCUUUGUGUUAAAGGUAAAAAGGUGUUGUAAAUAAGUAUUAUGAUGUGGUAGUUUGGUUGUAUUUAUGAAUUGGGGUUCUAGGCAAAAAUGAAAAAUUCAAGAUAUAAAGUCCAGAGGAGCAUUUUGCUGCUGUCCUAUGCCUUUGUAGCUUUCCAUGGUGAAAGGUACCUCAGGCAACUCUUGUGUAUAAAAAGUUAAGUUUGGUAGAUCAUAUUAAGGUUAAUUUGGGGAGGGGAGGACAUGUCUGUGUGACAAAAGGGAGUAUUUGCUGGAAAAGAAAACUAUGUCUUAUAUCUACUUAAUGAAAGUUGUUUAUACAGUAACUAUCGUGGCCUAAUAAUAGAAAGCUUGGAUGAGGAUGUCCUUAUUAUCUAAAAAAUAGAUAUAUAAAUACUGGGCAGGACUUAGUAAUUUUCAUUGAAUAUGCUGCCAUAACCUAGAUUGUUCUCAAUAAAAAAAUAAAGUCAUUUGUUUCUAAUUCCCAAAAUUUAUAAUAUAUAUAUUAAUAUAGCCGAAGUUAUAUGUAAUCAAUAAAACCACUCUUUAUUUUUAUUAAACUCUUACUUGUUUCUACACA